GGACUCCUUGUUAGUGGGAACCAUCUUAUUUAAUUUUCCCUUCCCUUUCAGUGGGCGUAGAGGUCCCCUUUCCCUUCCCGCCCAGGCGCCCAGCCCUGCCAAGUCCGCGAUGAUUUCCACGGAAAUCGCUUGACCGUAAUUCUUCUAGUUUUCUAUCGACAUCUCUGAGAAGACGAGGGGUUUAUGAUUUCGUUUUGUGUGGCAAAGACGCAAAAAGGUGGUGUCUCUUGUUUUGGGAUUCUGUUAUCCAAACGUGAUGAACACCAACAAUGGCAGGAGCAGCCAUGGCAGUUGGGCCGGUGCCCAGGAGCGGGAGGGCCAGGCUGCGCACCCAACGGUGGUAUCGGGAGUUCCCACCCCUACGGCUGAAGAAGUCAUCUCUAAGAUAAAGGACGACGGAGAUUUCGAUCGCCUCCGGCUCAAGAUCAUCAGCCAACUUAAAUCCAAUGAAGCCCUGAGAAGCAACAUUGUUUUAGCUGUGAAACGGUCCAAAACACUUUCCAAUGCAUCUAGGAAUGUAAAGCCACGCCAAUUGCUUGAUGCUGUCUAUCAGGAGAUUGGAAAUGACGUGAGAGGCCAAAUGUCAGAUGCUGUGUGGCAGGUGAUCAGGUCAAAUGAUGGAAUGAAGAAAGAGAUUUUCGAGACUGUAGAAACUGUGUAUAGCAAGAUGGUGGAUGAGAGGAAAAUGUCGGACCAUGCUGUUGAUCAACAUUGGACUAGAAGAUCACCUGCUAGUUUUUCACCCACUCCAAUUGCUAAUGACCAACAGCCCAAUGCAGGAGGACGCAGCAGCAGCCCUGCUGUCACUGCGUGUGACCAACAGGUUGUUGGAGGACCAUGCUGUAGCCCGACAAUCUCGAUUGGACAUCAUGUGCAACCAACUGGAGAGCAAAGCAGUAGCAGUUUGCCCGCCUUGACUACAUCCGGGGAUCAUCUAUUUAGGGGAAUCAAACCAAAAGAAACUCCCGCUUUUUCUCUGCCUGAGCCUAACAAGCCUGAUGAUCAAGAGCCGAAGAAGCACAUUGAUGAGCCUUUGUUUACCCAUGAGACUAAGCCAUCUAUCAACUCUCAGCCUAGUGAACCACAAGUCUCUGUUCAUCCACAUGUUGAAAGCCAGCAACAGGAAGAUAGUGAUCUUGACCCAGAUGUGCCUCCCGGUUUUGGUUAAAUAACCGUAAAGAUGUCAAAGUGCCUCCUAAUUGAGAGGGGAUAAGGUUGCGCAAGGGACCUUAAGUGGUGCCUAGCCAUGGCAACCACUAGCUUCAUUGUCAGUAUACCUACAGUUUUCUCGAUGCAGGUACAGCAUAUUGCUGGGUGACUCCUUUGGGCAGCGCUCGGAUCUCCUCUCAUGAUUAUGAGACAGUGCAUCAAUAGGACGAAGUCCACUUUAAAGAGGCAUUAAAGAGGCACGAUGAAGAUUAGAGAUGGUGGCAUCAUUAUCUAGCCACAGGAGAAUAUAAAUUUGAGAAUGUUUGUAUUCUACCAUUUGCUUGAUCUUCAUCUUAUGCAUUUAAUUCUUGUACUCCUGGACCACUAAGGCCAGUUUGUCGCUAAUCAAACACUUUGUCAUGCUCUGGUUUCAUUUGUAAGCCAUUGGUGAGGGACAAUUUUUUGGA